CACACACACACAGGUCCAACAUAGAGGACUAACUUUGAUUUUGGCAAAUUAGGACAUUAAAAAAGGUACUGAUUGCUAUUGCCACUCUUUCAUUUUAAAAAAGCUAGUUUGCAACCCCCAGAUAGAAAGGACCUCAAAUAGAGGACAGCCUCUAUUCAAAUUGAAAUUAAUCUGUGUCGUUUUGUGUAGGACUCACUGAGUUGUUUCUCUGUUUUUCAUCUAGAUGUUGCCAGUGAAGACAGUGUUGUCAGUUUGAUAACUGCUUGUCUAGAGUAGGUACUGUUAUUUCUUCAGUUAAAAUAUUACCUGGUACACCGGCAUUCAGUAAAUACAGACUACAUAGAACCCUAAAUUAUCAGUUACGUUUUUCAAAUAUCACUUAAUAUCUUGAUUGGGAAAGCAUCAAAUAUUCUUUGGUGUCUGUCUGUCCAUACAUGUAGCUCUGCCCCUGGAACCCUAGACAUUGGGAACUCUUAAGGGUGAUCCUGUAAUUUAACUGCCUGCAGUAGGUAGAUGAAGGUGAGGUAGGUCGGUGGUGGUGACAACUUUAAGGUUGUGACUUAGCCAGAACUAGAACUCGGGCCUUUGGAGUGUUCUGUUAAAGCCCACCAAGCUGGUAGCCAGCCCAAGACAUUUAUCCUCCAUUGUGAUCACAACAAAGGACUCAGAAAUUAAGAUAAAACACUUCAGUACCUUCUUUCUUUUCCCUAAUCUUUGAUCUGCAGCCUUAUUUAGAAAAGCUUAAUGUUAAAGAUCUAGUGUAUUCAAAACUAAAGAUAGCAAAGAGCAUGAGAAUUUUCUUCUAUUAUGAGUGUAAAGAAGGGGAAGAAAUGUUUCCUUGUCUUCUCUGAGCCUAGAGGCCCUUGCUCUUUGAGGAAGUAGAGAGAAGGAAAGUCAAGUCAAGGUGGUGGGAGUAGUUUGCAAGUCUUUUUGUUCUGUUGGGUGGAAUUAACAGACUUCAGGUUAAGUAGCUGAGUCUAUUUAGAAACAAUUCUGUGCUUGCCAGAAAGGUGGAGGGGAGGGUGUUGGGUUUGGAGGUUAAUUCUUCUCCAAGAAUGAAAAUUGGCUUCUAAAUCUGAGCCUGCAGAGCCACAUAAAGUAAUCAUCCAUUUUUCACCUGGCCAGUGCAUAAUGGGAAGGGUGGGUUAAAAGUGGGAGGACCCGUUUUCUGAUGAAAGACUGAGCCAUGUUGACCCUGCCGUGUGGAGGAUUUUCAAGUGUACCCUCACCGAGUAGCCUGGUGUGUGUGUUUCCUUAUUUGUUGUGUGCACAAGGGAGCCCUACCCUGACUUUUGUUGAAGGCAGUUUCUGCCUUCUGAAAAAGCAGCUGGGAUUUGGGCGGUGGGUUGAGGGCUAGAAUAUCCUGUGAACCAAAAUGAUUCAGGUUCCCCUUGGCCACGAUGAGCCUCAUUCUGAGGUGUUCUGUAGUUUUUGAAUGUGGAUUUUAGGAAAGGUUCCUGUUCUCGUGUGUGUUGUUGGCCUGUGCGUGUGUGAUCUUCGAGGGUGCUGUUCGGCAUUUGUGUCUCUUGACUGUAUAGAAGACAGUUUGAAGUUCGGGCUUUAAACGUUUUAUUUAGAGAGGGCCUUACUUGGCAUUCUUCACAGUUGGUAUCAUCUCUAGAUUUGCAGGGGCUCUUUGUAAGGACACACAUUGCAUUGCAGUGGCAUUUAAACUGCAUUCAGCUGAAUUUAACCGUUUCUGUCUUGAAUCUUAAAGUUUAGACUUCAAUCAUUAGAGCACCACGUUUUCCGUUUCUUCCCUGGAUGAAAAUCCAGCGAUUUGGUUUUGGAAAUCCCUGGUCUCCAGGUUGCUGAGAUUGACUUCUUGCUCAAUUGAAUCACUCACUCAAUGGAGACAAAGAGAAUGAACGCUCCGUGCUGACUCAUAUUUGAAUCAAAGCGCUGGGGAGUCUGUCUGCCUUGUUUGUGCAAAGAACCAGUGGUUGGCUCUGCCACCGAGCUUCCUAAGACUUCUGAAGAUAAGAAGCUACAGGAAUAUAUACUUUGCUUUUGAACUUUUGUAACAAAUACUUGUUCUCGUUUUAAGUCCAGGGCUGCUGGGGGCGUGAGUGACAAGUCUUACAAGUGGCCUUAUUCCAGUUCCAGAAAUCCCUCCACCGGAUUCUUAUUUUGUAUACAAUCCUAAAGUGCCAGGAAACAUGCCAACUCAGUCCCUGCUGGUGUAUAUGGAUGGACCAGAAGUUAUUGGCAAUUCUCUUGGUACCCAGAUGGAGAUAGAUGAUGCCGUGUCCAUAAAAGGGACCACCACCGUUCCUUUCCGAGCUACGCAAGAGAAAAAUAUAAUCCAGAUCGAAGGAUAUAUGCCCUUGGACUGCAUGUUCUGCAAUCAGACCUUCACGCAUUCAGAAGACCUUAAUAAACACGUCCUGAUGCAACAUCGGCCUAUCCUUUGCGAGCCGGCCGUUUUGCGUGUGGAAGCGGAGUACCUGAGUCCUCUGGACAAGACUCAGGUGAGAACGGAGCCUCCAAAGGACAAGAGCUGCAAAGAAAACGAAGAGUUCAGCUGUGAAGUGUGCGGGCAGACGUUCAGAGUCGCUUUCGACGUCGAGAUCCACAUGAAGAAGCAUAAGGACUCCUUCACUUACGGCUGUCAUGUGUGCGGACGGAGGUUCAAGGAGCCCUGGUUCCUUAAGAACCACAUGCGGACACACACCGGCAAAGCGGGGGCCAAGAGCAAACUGCAGCCGGGCGCCGAGAGCCCCGCCACCAUCAACGAGGUGGUUCAGGAGCACGUGGCCGAGAGCAUCUCCUCUCCUUACAAAAUCUGCAUGGUUUGUGGCUUCCUGUUUCCAAAUAAGGAAAGUCUGAUCGAUCACAGGAAGAUGCACACCAAAGACACUGCUUCCGGCAGCGGAGGCACACAGACAGACUCUCCGCAGGGGGGGAUGCCAGCUCCGGGGGAAGAGUUCCUGCAGUUCUUGAACUUGAGGCCCAAAUCGCACCCCGAGACCGGGAAGAAGCCCACCAAAUGGAUACCUCAGCUCGAUCCGUUCACCACCUAUCAGGCCUGGCAGCUGGCCACCAAAGGAAAAGUCGCCGUCUGCCGAGAAGUGAAGGAGCAGCCAGGGCAGGAGGGCAGCACCGACAACGAUGAUUCGUGUUCCGAAAAAGAAGAGCUCGGAGAGAUUUGGAACGCCGGAAAAAGCCAUUCCGAAGGUUCUGGAAAGCCCAAGCCCAGCAAAAGCGGCUGCGCGGGCCUCUCCCAGGACAAGGAGAAGCCCAGACCCUCCGGCGGUGAAGUGCCUUCCGUGGAAGCCGACCCAAAGCUGUCCGGGAACAAAGAGAAGCCGACGCACUGCUCUGAGUGUGGCAAAGCCUUCCGGACCUACCACCAGCUGGUCUUGCACUCGAGGGUCCACAAGAAGGAUCGGAGGGCCGACGCCGAAUCGCCAACCAUGUCCGUGGACGGAAGGCAGCCUAGGACGUGUUCUCCGGACCUAACCACCGCCCUGGACGAGAAUGGAGCCGUCGAUCGAGAAGGCGGUUCUGAAGAUGGGUCUGAGGACGGACUUCCGGAAGGGCUCCAUUUGGAUAAAAAUGAUGAUGGAGGAAAAAUAAAGCAUCUUACGUCCUCAAGAGAAUGUAGUUACUGUGGGAAGUUUUUCCGUUCAAAUUAUUACCUCAAUAUUCAUCUCAGAACGCACACAGGUGAAAAACCAUACAAAUGUGAAUUCUGUGACUAUGCUGCAGCCCAGAAGACCUCUCUGCGGUAUCACCUGGAGAGACAUCACAAGGACAAACAGAUUGAUGUUGCCGCGGAAGUCAAGAACGACGGGAAAAACCAGGAGCCCGAAGAUGCACUACUUACCCCCGACAGUGCGCAAACCAAAAAUUUGAAAAGAUUUUUUGAUGGUGCCAAAGAUGUUAAAGGCAGCCCACCUGCAAAGCAACUUAAGGGGAUGGCCUCUGCCUUUCCGAAUGUUCUGGGCAGCACUGUCCUCCCACCAGUUCACAAAGAUACUCAGGAUUUCAAUAAAAAUGCAACCGAUGACAGUACUGAUAGAGUCUGCAAAACUCCUGCCCCCGCCUAUUUGGAUGCGUUACCCAAGAGAGCGGCGGGUGACCCUCAGGCGCAGGAACCCACGUGUAGAACAGAGGUGGGGGUCCCCGGAGGCGCGGCCCAUGCGGCCGAGGUCGGUCACCGGGAGAAGCACGCGGGGACGGCGACGGCAGCCGAGGGCAAGCACAAGGCCGGCGCGGACUGCCAGGAGAAGCCUCUGAACCUGUCCCUCGGGGCGCUACACGGCUGCCCGGCCAUUUCUCUGAGCAAAAGUUUAAUCCCAGGGAUCACCUGCCCAUUUUGUACCUUCAAGACCUUUUAUCCCGAGGUUUUGAUGAUGCACCAGCGACUGGAGCAUAAGUACAACCCCGACAUCCACAAAAACUGCAGGAGCAAGUCUCUGCUGCGAAGCCGGCGCACCGGCUGCCCGCCCGCGCUGCUGGGGAAGGACGUGGCCCCGCUGGCGCACUUCCCCAAGCCCAAGGCCAGGCCCGCGCCCGCGCCGCCCGCCAAGGCCGCGCCGGCCGACCGGGACCGCGACCGGGGGAAGCCGGGCCCCGCCGCGCCCGCCAGGCCCCCUCCGCCCCCGGGGCUCGACCCCAGCACUUUAGCGCCCAGCAACCUGAAGGCGCCGCGGCCGCCGCACCAGCCGCAGCCGCAGCCCGGCGGGACGCAGGGGGUCGCCCGGCCGCCGGCAGACGCCGCCAACCCAGAGAGGGGCCGGAGGCCCGAGGCCAAGGCCAGGGCGCCCGCCGGCCCCGCCCCGCCCGGUCCUGCCGCCACCGCCGCCGCCAACGGCUGCGCGGAGCGUCCCUGGGCGCCGCGGGGCCGCGACCCCCCGAGCGGCCGCCCCGCCGAGCCCGGAGAGCCGCUGCCCAAGCGGCCGCGGCCCGACGCCGAGCCGCCCGCGCCCACCUUCCGCCGGGCCUUCGAGCUGCCCAAGUACCACGUGGUGCGCGGCCUGCAGUCGCUGCUGCCCGCCGAGUGCGUGUGCCCGCCGCCCGCCGCGCUGCCGCCCAAGCCGCGCGCCGCGCCCGCGACGCUCUUCGCCUGCGGGCCCGCCGCCGAAGGAAAAAGGCCUGUGUCAUAUCAACACUUAUCUAGCAGCAUGCUACAGAAGAGAAACUAUGAGAAUUUUAUUGGGAAUGCACAUUAUCGACCAAAUGAUAAAAAAACUUGAUUUCCUGUUUCGGGUAAGAAAGGACCCGAUGGAUGUGUGUUCUGUCCAUGAAAUUGAGUGAGUCCAUCCUUUGAGAAGGCAGAUGGCGGAAGCUCGUGAAAUAAGCUGUGACCGUGCCGUGCAUGUAACAUACCAGGAACACUACGGUUUUGUAAAGUUGUUCUGUUAACUUUUGUACCAAAUAGCAAUAAAAACCAUAGUUGGAACAGUUGGGUUGUACACAAAUGGAGACUGCAAAUCUCUAUUUUGUCCCUGAAUAAUAUUUUUUUUAGAGUUGACCAAAUAAGGAGUCUUUUGCAUACUUGAGCGCUGCUGAACACAAACCAUCCGGGUGGGGGGGCGGGGGGGGGAGAGUCUAUAACGAACGCUUGCACCUCAGGUAACUCUGUACAUACGUAAGUUCGAAACCUGCUUGUUCAGAUACUGUGCGUCCCCUUUCUCUCUCCUGUAGCUCAUCCCCAUGAGCAGCUCCUGCUGUUUGUGUUCUUUCAUGGAAAAUGUAUGUUUAAAAAAAAAAAAAAUUCCCGAUGAUUUGUAUUAUGUUAAAUCCUCCUCAGUGCGUCGUCUUAACAAAAUUGUGAACGGAAGUAUCGACCCUCUGUGACUAUGUGCUGCAUAUACUGAGGUCAGCCAUUCUGAAUUCGGUGCCCUUUCAUUGCAAGUUUCAGUCUGUCAACUGAGGAAGAGUCCCGAUCUGCGACCCUUUUCUGAGAGCAGCCUGUGCCCCGUAGGGUUUUUAAGCGGGCGUGUCUACAGAGAAGUGCGUCUGUCCUCUUCAGGACAGCCCCAUAUCCAGUAAACAUACCAAAUUCUAUGUGGAGUUACUUACUUUCUAUCAAGUUCGUCACUUUUGUUGGAAAAUUCAGGGUUUUUUUUGGCUUUCGCUUGAAUUGGUAUGUAAAAAACCUGAAAUGCUGAAUUACACACGUGAAUUUCAUAUAUUGGGAGCAGUUUUAAAGGACGUGAAAGCGUUUGGGUAAAUUUUAGGUUUGUAUCUGGAAGUCCUGGUGUGCCUGGCCUUUGGGUUAACCGUGGACGUACACGAGUUAAUUGUAGACACGUUGAUUCUGAAUAAGGAACUGCCUGCCGAGCCUUCUGGUAAUGGGGAGGGUGCGAUCUGGUUCUUGACCUCAGUUGUCUUCCCAGUUUUGGUUGUGUUGAGCAACCAGAUGUAGUUUGGGUUUUAAAGUGAGGACGGCCACCAGCUGGCUUACUACUAGAUGUUUUAGACUUUUGUUCCCUUCCACGUGCUGUCCGUGGCUGAGUUUAUUCAGCAGUACGUGGGUUUAGCAACCACAAGGUAUUUUAUUAAGAAAACUGUUUCAAAAAUAAAUUUGCACUGUUAAGUUUUCUUGCCCUGCCCUUCUGCAUUAGAGCGAGAGUAAAGUCCUACAAGAAUCCUGAUUUUUUUUGUUUUGUUUCAUUAUGCAACACGAAGCGUACUUGACCGAGAAGUCUUAACUCCCGUGGGAAAGGGGGACCUGAUUGGUCUGUUGGCCUUGUAGUGAAGUGCUUUGUAUCAGGAGAGACUAGUACACUAUCCACCAUUUUUCCUGUUCACAAGCUGAGCCAUAUGUACAUAAUCUAGAUUUUUGUUUUCAUAGUUUUGCACUUUUAUAGCCUAUUUUUGAAGAUUUAACACAUUUGCAAGAUGAUUGACUUGAUCUUUGCCUAAUCCAAUGAGUGUUACAGAAAGCUCGCUGUGACUAUAAAUGUAAAUCUUUAAAAGGGGAUACGAGAUAAUAGAGGGCUGAAAUUUAAACCUGUAUUUAAAAAAAAAAAAUCACCAAAUCUAUUUGAAAACAAGUCAAUUCAUGUCAUGCUGAAAUUUGGGGGGCUUUCAGAUUUCUCUUUUCUAACCACAUUUCUCAAUUUCUGAAUACAUAAAAAUGUCCUUUUUUCCACAGCCCUUGUCCUCCAAUUUUUUUUUUUUUUUUUUUUUGUCCAUCAGUAUUAACUAUUGGGAUACUACUGGUUUUGUAUGUUUUUUUUUUCCUUUGAGACAACAGUACAUAUAAUAGAGGUACAAUCCGUUGGAUUUUUGUUUAUGUAUUUAUUUCAUUCCAGUUUGAUUUAUUUUAAUUGUUGAUACUUGUCAAACAGUAGACAUUACUUGUUUUAUUUAUGAUAUAUUUCAGCUUAAAGUUAUGUUAUUAUAUGUGGAUGUAAAUAUAGAUUUGGUGUUUUGCAGUC